AUGGGUUCCCGCUGUGCCAAGCUCAGCAUCGGCCACGGCACAGCCCAGAACACAGGUCACAGCCGUGGCCAUGAGUCCUCCAUGAAGAAGCUUGUGGCCUGUGUGAGUCAAGACAACUUCUCCCUGUCAUCAGAGGGUGAGGAAGAGGAGGAUGAGGAGGAAGAGGAAGAUGAGGAUGAGGAGGAUGAGGAGGAAGAGGAAGGCGAGGAUGAGGAGGAGCAGAUCCCGGUGAAAGGCAAGCUGCUGCUGCUGGAGUCCGAGAAGCAGGAGAGCACAGAGGACACCAUGGCCCAGCCGAGCCCCGAGCCCAAGCAGACGCACUCCUGA